GGCUGGCAGGUCAUGUGAGUCGAGGACUGGGAGGGGUAGAUUCGGAAAUCCGGAAAGUUGCAUGAAGAACCCAAGUUUCAAGGCGCAGACCAGCGGACGCACGGCACUGUUUGACUACCCAUUAAUGGCCAUCUGUUGUGUUGCUUUGGUUCUUCCACGAGCUCCCGUCAUCCCCUUCUCCUGCAAUUCUUCUUCCUCAUCAUCAGCAUCCUCCAUAGCCAUAACUCCCAAAGCUUAAGCUCAAGUCCGUUACGGUCAGUUGCCACUUGAAGCUCUCAUAUAGUGUGUGCUUUGUUUGUUGUUCUGCCUUCAAUGUCGGCGAAGACCAUGUGGUCGCUCUCACCGUCUGCAAAGCUGGUGGCGUUCACGGUGCCCUUGAUCCUGGUUUCGGUUCUCCUCACGGUGGUCGGCCCGAGGUCCCCCGGCCGGCUCAUCCCGUCUGACAAUUCCUGGCUGCUAUGGAGCUUUGGCUCCUCUAAACACGAUAUUAUCGUUCAUGGGGGGGCAGCGGCCAACAGGACUGCCGCGACGAGUGCGGACCGGAUGGCGGCUGUGCUCGAGGUCCGGAAGCAAGUAGAGGAGGAAACCCCACCAUCCCAUACUGCGCCUCGGCCGGAGGCGGAGGAUGGCGGCUCCGCAUUUAACGUCUCCAGGCCUGCCCCGUCACCGACCGGCGUGGAAGUUGCAUUAGGACACAAAUCUGAUCAAACGAAUGCGACAAUUGAAGAUAGCCGGGUUCCGACUUUGAGCACUUCCAAUCCUCCAUCAAUGAGCGAAGCUGUUGUACUUCCCGAGAAGAAACUGCCGCCGCCGCCUCCGCUGCGAGAGUAUACAAUAUUGGAUAGGCUCGAAGCAGGCCUGCGAAGAGCUCGAUCAGCAAUAAGAGAACAAAAGAAUGGCAGUUCGACAAGUGACCCUGACUAUGUUCCAAUCGGUCCGAUGUAUCGGAAUGCUAAUGCCUUUCAUAGGAGUUACUUGGAAAUGGAAAAACAGUUUAAAAUUUUCGUAUAUGAAGAAGGGGAGCCACCAGUGUUCCAUAAUGGUCCUUGCAAGAGCAUUUACGCCAUGGAGGGGAAUUUCAUUCACAUGAUGGAAAUAAGCACGCAAUUCCGGACUGGGGACCCAGAGAAGGCUCAUGUAUUCUUCCUGCCUUUCAGCGUAACCAUGAUGGUCCAAUUUGUAUACGUGCAGGACUCACAUGACUUUGGUCCCAUAAAGCAAACGGUUAUAGACUACCUUAAUGUUGUGUCCGCAAAAUAUCCAUACUGGAAUCGAAGCCUUGGGGCGGAUCACUUCAUGCUGGCCUGCCACGAUUGGGGGCCGGAGACUUCCAGAGCUGUUCCGAACCUCUAUAAGAACUCAAUCCGUGUUCUCUGCAAUGCGAACACCUCUGAGGGAUUUAACCCAUCCAAGGAUAUUUCAUUCCCAGAGAUUAAUCUUCAUACAGGCGGGAUACGAGGCCUGAUUGGGGGGCCAUCGCCCUCCCAUCGUCCGAUCCUAGCUUUUUUCGCUGGUGGGCUCCACGGUCCCAUUAGGCCCAUCCUCCUAGAGCACUGGGAGCACAAGAAUGAUCCAGACAUGCAGAUUCACAAGUACCUCCGCCGGGGCGUGUCCUACAUCGACAUGAUGAGAAAGAGCAAGUUCUGCAUCUGCCCCAGUGGGUACGAGGUUGCGAGCCCCAGGGUUGUUGAGGCAAUCUAUACCGGCUGCAUCCCAGUCCUAAUCUCAGACCACUACGUCCCGCCAUUCAGCGACGUGCUGAACUGGAAGUCAUUCUCGGUCGAGGUCCCCGUGAGCGAGAUCCCGAACCUGAAGAAUAUACUCGCGAGCAUAUCGCCGAGGCAGUACAUAAGGAUGCAGAGGAGGGUGGUCCAGAUAAGGAGGCAUUUCGAGGUAAACUCUCCUCCCAAGAGGUUCGAUGUGUUCCACAUGAUCCUCCAUUCCCUUUGGCUUAGGAGACUCAACGUUAGAGUCCAUGACAAUCAUUAAAUCAAAGCUCUCAAGGGUCAUUGCUCGUGCUGCUGUAGAUUAUGGGAAUUAAAAACAAUUGAAAACGUUGUAGGAAGAGCAUUGAUUUUUUUGCGAAAUUGAAAAUUGAAAAUGCAUUUCCAGAUAGGAGAAACAUGGUUUGUCUCUAUGUUGACUUGCAAAAGCUCAAGAUUAUCAUCCUUACAUCCAUUCCUUCAUUGACUAGUGCUCGGUUUUGCUUAUCAUGGUGUUGGCUUGGCCAUUCCCUUCAA